UUGAUGUUUUACUGGAUGUGGAUUAUGAUGGUUACAUAUCAACUAACGUAUCCCAGAAAGAAACUUCCACGACCUGUCUCCUACAUGCCUCAUCUUCUCACCCCCAUCUCGCUCCUAAUCUCUAAUAUCUCCACAGGUCAGUUCCUUCGUAUGUGCAGGAUCUGUUCAGGUGCCAAUCAGUUUGAAGAUCUGGCAAUAGAUCUACACCAGAGGUUUAAAGAGAAGGGUUACAGAGAAAGAGACAUCCUAAAGGCAUAUACAAGAGCUAAGGAAACAUCUAGAGAUUUACUCCUCACACAACAGAAGAAACGGAAACAAGACAAUCAGAUGGAUCCCAUACUUUCACAAUACCUGACGGAGAAACCUUCUAUCACUUACCGACGAUCAAAAACACUCAAAGACAUGUUGGUGCAUAGCCAUCAUAAAGGUCCAAACAUUAACAAAAUCUUCAGCUUAAAAGGCCUCAAAUGGGGGUGUAAACCGUGUGGGGGAUGUGUAGCCUGUGCAAAUGUUGAGAGAACUGAGGAAUUUUGGGAUUCCAGCAGACAGAAAAAAUAUCGGAUUACACGUUCAAUCACAUGUACGAACGUAUGGUGUUGUUUAUUUUGCCACCUGCCCUUGCAGCUUAAUCUAUAUAGGUCUUACUUCAAGGGAGCUUUGGCGCAGAGUGCGAGAGCAUGUCUUAGGAAUUGAAGCUGCUAAAGAUGAAGUUGAUGUUACGCCGAGCGCUCCGGGUCCCUGCUCCUCCCCGAAGCGCUCGCGGCGUUUCUCUCCCUGCAGCGCCCCGGUCAGACCCGCUGACCGGGAGCGCUGCAC